UGAGAGGCACCAACAACUUGCAACUUGGGCAUCGCGACAGUACGGAUUAUGUAAUGGGAAAGGUGCAGUAAAUGUUGUAGCGUCGGUGGCGGCUGCGGCAGAUGCCACAGCAGCAGCAGCAACAACAACAACAACAACAACAACAACAACAACAACAACAACAACAACAACAACAAGCUGGACUUGCAGCCAGACACGAGUUAGACACGGCUGUUAUGACGAUCGCUGGCCUGGGCCACACUUUCGCUUAGCUAAAUCCGUUAAUGGCAAUGAUGCGGCAGCAUUUGGCCCACAAAACUUGCAAUUCAAACAUGACAACGAUGCGAAAGAAAUACACAGGGCGCCAUUUCCCUCAGUUCCCCCUCUUCCGCUGUCGCGAAUAAUCAUGAUAUGCUGUUGUUGUUGGUGUUGCCGCAAGCAGCGAAUGUUUGGAAAAACGUUUUUCCGGUUAAUGUGCCACUGCUGCCAGUUGCUGCUGCUGCUGUGGUUGCCGCUCUGUGGCAGUUGCAGUUGCAGUUGCAUAUAAAAGUCACGGAUGCCAGCUGUCUGCAUGUCAGUGUUCAUUCGUGGCGCAUCCAGUGAAGCAACGCAGGAUACGAAUUGCAAUACCAUGAAAGCCUUUGUCUGUCUCUUGCUGAUUGGAGCGGCGAGCGUUACAGCUAAGCCCAAACCUGGAGGCGGCUGGUCUUCCGGCGGCGGUGGAGGAGGAGGAGGACAUGGCGGUGGCGGUGGACACGGUGGAGGUGGUGGAGGGGAUAUACAGAUCCUCAAGGUUAUAACAGAGAGCGGUGGCGGCGGGGCGGGUGGCGGCUUGGUCUUCGGCGGCGGAGGAGGAGGAGGAAGAGCGGGGGCUGGUUUCGGUGGUGGGGGAGGAGGUGGAUGGUCCUCCGGUGGCGGAGGAGGUGCGGUUGAUUCUUCUGGUGCGGACGGAGGAGUGGCGGCGGCGGCGGCGUGGAUAUUAAAGAUUGUCAAAUUAUAUAGCUUGGGCAGCGCAGGUGGCGGCGGUGGCCAUGGAGGCGGUGGCGGCGGACAUGGUGGUGGAGGCGGUUGGUCUUCCGGCGGUGGAGGAGGAGGAGGUGGCGGUUGGUCUUCAGGUGGUGGAGGAGGCGGCGGCGGCGGUUCUACCAAAGUAAUAAAAAUCAUCAAGAUUGGUGGAGGAGGUGGGGGACAUGGUGGCGGCGGGCGGCGGCGGCGGUGUUGGUCUUCCGGAGGUGGAGGAGGCGGCGGCGGUGGCUGGCAACCAGCUGGUGGUUGGGCCUAGGCUCAAGCAUAAAACAUUCUCCUUCCUGUAAAUAUUGUACAUAGUGCAUAAUUAUUUGUUUUUUUUUAUUUUAUUGUUGAUGUAAUUUCUU